AUGGAAACCAUCAUUAACAACCUUCCCGAACCUGGGGAAAUAUUAACUCACGACUUUCGUCCAAAAAUAUAUUCUAAUGAUGACGAAGAAAUCAACGAGAAUAAUAAUAUAUCACCCAAACCCACCACCAGACCAAUAAAGUGUCUUCAAUGGAACGUAGAAAGAAACUAUCGUGCUUCGAAGAUAAUAAAAACUUUAAAAGAACUUGACCCUGAUAUUGCAUUUAUCCAAGAAAUAGACAUUGGGUGUGCACGUUCCGAAAGACGCGAUCAUUUUCGUGAAAUUGCUAAAGAGUUGAGGUGGAUGGGUGUCUAUGUAUGCGAGUUUUUCGAGAUUGAAAGUGAGAAAAGGACAAAACGUGACCAGGGCGGUGGUGUACACGGGAACGCGAUAUUUACUAAAUAUGAUAUUGCGUCGUUUCGUUUGAUUGAUCAUAAGUAUCAUCCGUAUAAUUGGGAACGUGAUGGUAAUAAAUUGGGUGAACCGAGAAAAGGAAGACGAUUCUCUUUAGUAGCGGAAGUUAAAACACCAUUUGGACCUCCAAUUUUAUGCUAUUGUGUUCAUUUAGAGGUCUUCUGUGGCAUAACAGGACGUAUCGCUCAAUUUUCCGAAAUAUUAUCAGAUGCUACCGCACACAUGACCACUCAUCCGUAUCAACUAAUCUUCGGUGAUCUGAAUACAAUGUCACGCUCAAUAGCGCGUCUAUCACAUCUCUGUUCAACCGAUCAAUAUCGUAUACUAUCAUUAGGAACGUCCGAGUCAGUGUGGUGGGAUAAAUAUUUGUUGUCUUGGCAUGUUUCGGAUGGAGAAUCUAAUUUGUUAUUAGAAUCUCGUGGAUUGGGAUAUUUCAUCGAGGAUGCAGUUGUGAAGAAAACAUUUUCAGGAUUCACGACGAGUGUAUUACGCACUGCCCGAAAUCCCGGAUUUUAUGAUCCAUGGAAUCCAGAACACGAUGUCACAUUACACCUCCCGAAGUAUUUUGGUCUUUAUCGUGCAAAACUUGAUUGGACGCUUAUUCGAGGAUUUGACGUGGUGAAACGGUGGAUGGGAAAUCAUGAUUAUAGCGCAUCGGAUCAUAAGUAUUUGAUGGUUGCGUUGGAGUUUGAUGAUUUAUUGGGAAACAAUAGUAAUUUAAAUGACAAUAUAGCUGUCGAUUCGGAAGCUAUGGAAAAACAAGUUUGGAGCAGUCGGAGAAAAUAUUGGGCUAGAAGGACUAAGAGAGGGUGGAAGGUUCGAAAAGUUAGAGAAGGUGAAGACUGUGAUCAUGUAGAGGACGAUAAUGGUAAUGGUGGGAAAAAAAGUUGGUUGAGAGAACUUGGUAUUAGUUGUGUUUGA